AUGGUCAACGUAACCUACUCGGAAGUAUCCGGAGAUCCGACGUAUUACAUGGCAGAUGGAACGCCGGCGUUGUAUAAUCUGGGGGAUAUGGCUUGGAUGUUGACCUCGACAGCCCUAGUAUUCAUAAUGAUCCCAGGAGUAGGCCUCCUCUACUCGGGUUUGUUGAGGAGGAAGAACGCACUGUCGAUGCUCUUGAUCUCGUUUUUGGCGAUCGCGGUGGGGAGCUUUCAGUGGUUCUUCUGGGGAUACUCGCUAGCUUUCUCAGAGGGGGCCGCCUCGUCCCACUUUAUCGGAGACCUCAAAUACUUUGCGUUCCAGAAUGUUCUGGAUCAGCCGUCAGGAAGGAUCCCGGUGCUCUUGUUUGCGAUUUUCCAAAACAUGUUCGCCUGCAUCACCGUCGCCCUCGCCUGCGGAGGAUUCGCCGAACGAGGCCGUCUCCCCCAGAUCUGCCUGUUCAUGUUCGUCUGGCUCACCAUCGUCUACUGCCCCAUCGCCUGUUGGACCUGGAACGCCGAGGGAUGGAGCUUCAUCAUGGGCGGCCUCGAUUACGCCGGAGGUACCCCCGUACACAUCUCUUCCGGGAGCGCUGCGCUCGCUAUCGCGCUCUAUUUGGGCAAGAGGCGAGGGUACGGGACGGAGAGGUUGGCUUACAAGCCGCAUAACACGUUUUUCGUCGUACUCGGGACCGCGUUCCUCUGGCUCGGUUGGUUCGGGUUCAACGGGGGGUCCGGGUUGUCGAGCAACCUCCGAGCUGUCAUGGCCCUCGUCGUCACCCAGAUGUCGGCCUCGACCGGUGGGAUUGUGUGGAUGUUGAUGGACUGGAGGCUCGAACGCAAGUUUUCGGCCGUAGGGUUCUGUUCGGGUGCGAUCGCUGGGUUGGUAGGGAUCACGCCUGCUGCGGGAUACGUCGGGGUCGCCUCGGCCGUUGCCAUCGGCGCCAUCACCGCCAUCGCUUCCAACUUGGCCACCCGACUCAAGUUUGUCCUCCGGAUCGAUGAAUCGCUCGACGUCUUUGCGUUGCACGGCGUCGGGGGUGGAGUCGGUUGCGCCUUGACCGCGUUGUUCGGAUCGGCUUCGAUCGCCGGCCUCGAUGGCAGUGACCCCAUCGCCGGUGGUUGGUUCGACCAGAACUGGAUCCAACUCGGAUACCAGGUCGCCGACUCGGUCGCCGGUUCCGCCUACUCGUUCGUCCUCACCACCGUCAUCUGCUGGCUCUUCCACUUUAUCCCCUUCCUCCGUCUCCGAUCGGCCGAAGAGGAGGAGAUUGUCGGGAUCGACGAGUACUGGAUCGGCGAGUGGACCCACGAUUACUGCGCCGUCGACCGAGAGUUGGGCGUCAGCAGGGCGGAUGACCACGUCAUGAUGAUGGAGAGGACCGAGUCGAGGAGGUCUGGCAGCGAGGUCAAGGCGGGGAGCCCCAACGAAAAGGCCAGCAGGAACACGAGCGUUACGACGAACGAGGUUACCGUCUCGCCCGGUGCUUCCGCACACGGUCUUCCCGGCGGGUCCAGGGUGGAUGCCUAG